CACUCGUGCCGGUGGCGUACUGCUUUGCACACAUAUUAAAAAGGUCCAUGUCAGCGAGCUUUUGGUUUAGAACGUGGGUUGCAGUGGUCGUGACCGCUAGCAGCCUCCCUGCUUUUACGUACUAAAAUAAACCAGUACGUUAGUGGACGUUGUGCAAGGUGGUCGUACGGUGUGUGUCAUUGUGUUUCUUUGACCAGUGAUUUUUGAGAACGUGGUUUUCCUUCAGUGCUUUUUUUGUUUUACUUCAAAUUGAAUUUGUAGAAAAUGUUUUCCAUUGUGGUGGUUACGUCAACAAUGGCAUUGUUGUUGACGUCCGGCUUGACAGUAGUCUCGGCUGCAUCUGAACCCGGCAAGCAUCACUAUAAUAUUUCGGGAAUUCUCAAUGGACUCCAAGUCGGUUACGAUAAACGCGUUCGUCCCAAUUACGGAGGAAUUCCCGUACAGAUUGACGUGUCUAUGGGAAUCAUUACCAUCAGCUCGCUAUCAGAAGUUACAAUGGAUUUCACGCUGGACGUUUACUUCCGCCAAUACUGGACAGAUGGUCGUCUCUCGUUCCAGAAGCAACGUGGAGUAGAGAUUUUAUCAGUCAGUACGGAGUACCUUCGCAACAUGUGGGUACCCGACACAUUUUUUCCCAACGAGAAAACGGCUUAUUUGCAUACAGUUACGACGUCCAACGAAUUCGUUCGCAUCCGUCACGAUGGUGAAAUAUCCCGCAGCAUGAGAAUUACUAUCACGGCAUCGUGUCCCAUGAACCUGAAAUAUUUUCCGCUAGACAGUCAACUAUGCCCCGUUGAAAUUGAAAGCUUUGGAUUCACGACCAAUGAGAUUUGGUACAAGUGGGUCGACGGACCGAAAGCUGUUUCCAUUUUUCCCGAAGUCGAAUUACCUCAAUUUCAAGUCAUGGGCUAUCGUAAAAGAGAAUACAGUUACAGUCUUACUACUGGCAAUUAUUCACGAUUAGCGUGCGAUAUUCAAUUUGUUCGCUCGAUGGGUUAUUAUUUGAUUCAAAUUUACAUCCCGUCGAGUUUGAUUGUCGUCAUUUCGUGGGUCUCAUUCUGGAUUAAUCGAAAUGCGUCUCCCGCACGAGUAUCGCUCGGCGUCACCACCGUGCUCACCAUGACAACGCUCAUGUCCUCAACCAACGCCCAAUUGCCAAAGAUCUCCUACGUCAAGUCGAUCGACAUCUACCUGGGCACUUGUUUCGUCAUGGUCUUUGCUUCCCUCUUAGAGUACGCUGCCGUAGGGUAUAUCGCUAAACGAAUUGACAUGCGGAAGAAACGCUACCAGAAUCUACAAAAAUUGGCCGAACAAAGACGGGCAGCCAUGCAGGUCAGCACGAACGCGGGAUCUCUGGAUGGCGAGACAGCCUCAUCCACUGUCGCCAAAUCACAUUGCAAGAAUAAUAAAUCGGGAAGUAGCACAGUGGUUCAAGUGACGGCUGUUGGUGACACGGACGACCUGGCGCUGGUCAGCCAGGGCAAGAACCUGAACAUGAUGUGUGGCGCCUCACCCUCAACCAUCGACAAGUAUUCUCGCGUCAUCUUCCCCGUCUGCUUCGCCUGCUUUCAUCUGAUGUACUGGGUCAUCUACCUCCACAUCUCAGAGGUCACCACCGAAGACCUUACGCUCCACAAUCCCAAAUAACUGAUCGAUUAUAUCAAAUAAUCGAUUCAUUACUUAUUAAUCCAGUUUCGGAUUAAACACGAAUCAGCUCUCAUCCCCCAAUUAACUACUCGUUUCUCAACUCAUCUUUCUAGCUAUUUUCCUGUAUACUUUCGUCUUUUUAAUUCAUCCUCCAUAUAUAUAAUUAGGUAUAUAAAAUAGUAUAGUAGGUAUACAAAAGAGUGGCCAGGCCACCGAUAUUAGCCAGUUCAACUGUAGCCCAUUAUCUUUAAAAAAAAGAAAAAAAAGAUUUACCAAUCUAGAUAAUAUUAAUUACAGAUUUUAAUUUCAAUGUAAAUUUUUCUACGUAAAAUAAUUCUACAAUAUCUACUGCCUCAUAAAAUUCCAUUCUUUUUUUUUUUCAAUUUAAAAUAAUUAAAUUCAACACAGUAUAUACUGGUAUAUAUACUUAAAAUAAUAAUAUGUAUAAUAUUUGUAUAUACAUUACAUGAAUAUGAUCAAUGCUUUCUAUCCAAUAAUAUUCAAUUCAAUGAAGGUAAAGUCGUUCUACUGCUAACAUUAAUUAUGACAUCCUUUCAUCAAUCUAUCUUUCUCACGCUACUUCACAUUUAUUAAAUUAAAAUAUCUCGUAAAAGAAUUACUCAAUAACGACAAUGUUAUUUACAGAUAAGAACUUUAGAGAAAAAAAAGUCAAUCGUUGAAAUCAUAUUGAAAUAAUUAUGAAUC